AGCCGGCAGUUUGUUGAAUCAAACAAGAAAAGUUCACAUCGCAAUAAGUGCUAAGACGCAUAAUCAAAAAUGUCUCUAAUUCCAUUUUUGUGCGAUAACAGACCAUUCGGGAUGGUAGAACGAGACUUCUUCAGACCAGAUUUCUAUCCACCUAUCGAUCUUGUACCGCAAGAGGUAAUGAGGCCUUGGGAAAAUAUUUACCGGCCGUGGGAAAACAUAAUCAGGCAAAUGGAACAGCUAAGCUCUGGUAUCAAUCAGCUAGCCCUGAAAGAGGCGUCACAGUUGUCAUCCGAUUCGGAGAAAUUUCAAGUCAACGUGGACGUUCAGCAUUUCGCUCCAAACGAAAUUAGCGUGAAAAUUGUUGAUGGUUUCGUGACUGUCGAAGGAAAACACGAAGAGAAGAGAGACGAGCAUGGAUAUAUAUCAAGGCAGUUCGUAAGACGUUACGCCUUACCACAAGGAUGCCUCCCCGACGUUGUAGAGUCCAAGCUGUCAUCGGAUGGCGUUCUGACCAUCACUGCGCCGAAAGUACUAGCGAUGCCAUCUUCUGGGGAAAAGAUUGUACCGAUUAUUAAAACUGGUCCCAUUAAAAAGCAAAUAUCAAGUUCUGAAGCAGUGAAUGAGUGAAUAUCUGUUUUAUGCUUAAUUUCGCUGUUUUUAUUGUGAUAAUUAUGUAAGACUGCAUAUGCCCAUCGUACCUAUUAUUGUUUGUAAAUAUUUUUAUUUCUUUUAUUAUUUACCUAAAGACUUACUGAAAUUAAAUACUGAUUUAGUAUUUAUGAUAAAUGUAAAAUAAAGUAUUGUUAAUGUAAA